GAGGAGAGUUUGUUUAGUGUACAAACAAAAAUGAGGUAAGCUGUGCUUUAGAAUGAAUUAUAUGGCCUUUGUAACAUUUUAAACAGUACUACGCAAUAUUUUAAUUUUCUUUAAACAUGCAUGUAUCAACUGAAAAGUGUGCAAAAAAACCUUUGGUGAGAGAUAUAAAUAGUGUAUUAAUAUGUCAUCUGUGUAGAGGUUACCUCAUUGAUGCAACGACUACAGACAAAUGUAUGCAUUUAUUUUGUCGGAGUUGUAUUUUGGCACAUCUUAAAAGAUGGACGACGUGUCCGUUAUGUGGCUUAAUUGUUAAUCGUUUAAAGAGAGAUAAAACAUAUCAGACAUUGGUCUAUAAACUUAUUCCAGGACUAUAUGACAACGAAGUGAUGCGAAGAAUUGAAUUCGUCAAAAAUAUUCAAUCCUCAAAGGAAAUAAAAAGGGUUAUGUCUGUGGUCGAACCCAUAGAUGAGUUUGUGUAUUCUUCACAAGAUCUGAUAACAAUCAUGCUUACCUUUUUUGAUGGUAAUAGCUGUUGUGCUGAAGAAAGUUACUGUAGAUAUCUAGAAUGCCCAACUGUGUUCACCGUUCGUCAUCUGAAAGCUUUUAUUCGUAAGAAAUAUGGACUUUGUCAUUACCAUCCUGUUGUUAUUUCAUGUAAUAAUUUGACCUUUACAGAUAGUACAACUCUCUUAGAUAUUGCUUAUAUCUGUGCAUGGAAUCAAAUAAUGCCCCUGAAUUUACACUUUAAGUUACUUAAGUGCCUUCCUGGCUAUGUUUCAUCCUCAAACUUUGGAGCAUCAGAUGAACUUAAAUGUGUCAAAAGUCAUCAAAACAGAAUUUGGGCAGUUGAGCCUUCUUUAUCGUAUAGUGAUGUGCCAUGUGAGCCAAGUAGCAGUCAAGUUCAGAAUGAUUUACAAGAUUGUAAAAGUUCUAUGCCUGUUACUGUUACCAAAGCAACGAAUAACUGCAUAGAAGAAUAUGUGAUAUUCAAAAAUAAUUCCUUGAAAUGUAGCACUAAUAGCAUGAAGAAUAAAUAUGAUGUUGGAUCUUUCUCAUCGCUGGCAUCAGUAGAAGUUACUGACAUUUGCAAAAUGAUGCUGCAUGUUGACCUUAAAGAGAAGCAGAGUGAAGAGAUUCAGCCUGAGUCUAGGAAAGAAAAUGAUGAAAGUUCCUCUACAAUGGUAAAUAUUGGUGUAAAUAUCACUGGGGCAGACAAGCAGAAACAAAAAAUCAAGAGAAGUGCUGAAAAUAGUUGUGAGCGCUGCAUAAAGAUAGUUCGUAAGAACUUUCUCAAUGAAAAGUGCAAUCAUAAUGUAAAUACAUCAGAUGUUUCAGGAACUCAAGUGACUUUUGAAAACCAUCAAGAUUACACACACAUUCCAUGUAGUACGUCAACAUGUAGUAGUGCUAUCAUCAUAAACACUUCAGCAGUUAGAUGUGAAGAUGGAAUGAAUUCUAGUUGUACUGAUAAGAGUAGGAAUUCACUUCCUACAAAUGUGUUGAAAGAGCAUGAUAAAACUGAUAUCACGGAUGAACAAGAUGAAUUGCAUAGCAAUAUCACCGCUGAAUUCAGCAGUGAAAGCGUAAAUAAUUUACUGCUGGUAGAUGAAGCAAAUGAUGUACCUUCACAGUCCAGCAGUAAAAAACACUUAUUGUCAGCAUAUUGUUUUGACAACACUAGAGACAGAAUAAACACUGACAACGGUGAGGCUGUGAACUCUGGUAAUGAAGGCAGAAAUCAGCAGUACAAUGAAAGUAUUAAAUGUAUGUUACCAGCAUCUUGUAUCGACACAGGGGAGAGACUGAACUCUGAUACUGAUGGUGCCAACAAGGAGUACAGCGAUUCUGGGACGGUAGGCAGAGUUUUUGCCGAAGCAGAAGUAAAGCCAGUUGAAGGUGUUCUUACAAAUCCUGAGGAUGCCCAAAGUGAACUGUUACCACAUGUUGCCAGUCCUGAAGAGAGUAAUACAGUGAAAAAUGUGUUGAUUGAAGGAAAUGAUGCAGAAGAAUUGGUUACCAAGAGCAAAGAAAUCAAGCAAAUGUUGUCUGUACCAAAUUGUGAUGACAUUGCUUGUAUACAUUCUACAGUACCUGUGAUUUCGAGUGACGUGCCUGAAAAGUGGACGACAGAAACCAGCCAGGCAGCCACAGACCUGGUGGCAGCAAAUGUGGACUUGGUGGUUAAGCAGGUUGUGGAGGAAAUGUUGGCAAAGCAAGAAAGCUGGGACUCCAUGACCCGAUGUGUUGUGCCAGAAUCGAACAACUGUUGCAGCGCUAAUGCAGAGUGCAAUUUAGAUUUGCACAAUUCAAAUAUGUCAUCCGAAGCUAAAGUUACUUCUCAAACAUUAGGUUUGGAAUGUAGAAAAGAUGCACUCUCAUUCUGCAGAGAAAACACCAGUCAUAAAAAAUUUUUCCAGAGAAAUGCAGAUAGUGUUUGUAUAGGUUUAGAUGAUAAUGCAUUAGAUAUAUAUGGCUGUAAAAAUGAUACAAAUGUUUUGCCAACUACCAAUUGUGAAGUGUCAGGGUUAAUUUCCACUAAAGAAACCAAGAAUUUGUUUAAUGAAAACAAAGAUUAUGAUAACAAACCUGUUCAGGAAGUUGUUAAUGCAGUUUUAAGGAGAAGAGAAGAUACAUAUAAUUUGGCACUCAUAGACUGCAAAGUAGCAUAUUCUGGUCUACCAGACCUUGAAAUUAUUAGAAAAGUUGAUAAAAAGUUGAUUCCAUUUGGUAAGAAAAAUGAAGAUGGUUUUAUAUUAUGCAGUAAUAGUAAUAAAAACAUGGUAGAAAAUAAAGAUUGUAUAAAGUUAAAUAAAAUGACAUACUCAUUUCCAAGUUUUACAAUGAAACAAGAUGAUUCCAUUUUUAAACAAAGGCCUAUGUUACAAGAUUUCUGUAACAAAGAUUCUGAUAGUGAACACUUUCUUCUGGAAGAGACAAAACCAUCAGCAAAUGAUUUGAUGUUAGACAUAUCUGGAAAAGAUAGUCAUAGUUGGUUAGAUAAAGGUAAAUGUUUCACAAAAACUCUGGUGAAGCCUUUGCUAGAAUCCAAGGCAACAUUUCCUGAUCUUUUAGGUGGUAAAUAUUCCUUGGAAGCUAAUAGUGCAGGAAUCAUUGGUCAUUUAUCUGGUUCUGAGGAGAAAGAUGAGCAGGUGUGUGCAGAGGAAAGUCAUGAUAGUGCACUUUCAGAGGGCCUUGUGACAGAGAGAAGAAAUGAAGGCAAGCUAGUACCUCUUCAUUGUGAUCAAGAUGACUGGAACAGCACUGAACUUGGCAGUACGUCUCAAGGACAACUGAGCAGUUUUGUGGGAAAUCAGUCAACUGAGAUGUCAAGCCAAAACUUUAUAAACCCAAAUGCCACACAGAAUAUUUCUUGUGUAUCAACUUCAGAGUUACAAGAUUUAAAAAUAUGUCGGGCAGGCAGCUACAAAAACCUUAUUGUGGAUGAUAAAAGUGGAGAUAAGAAUGGAGAAAACACAAAGGGGAAGUUAAUGCUCCAGCCAAGAAUUGUUUUGCAUAAAAUAAAACGCAACUCUUGCGGCAGCCCACCCCCCCGGAAGAUAAAAGUUAAGCUUGGCAAAGCUGACUGUCAACCAGAAGGAUUGAUAGACAGUACUGAUGAUGAAUCUGAUAGAAAUGAUAGGCUUUGUGCAUCUUCUAAAGGUAAAGAAAUUGCUAGUGGUGGCAUGCUAACUACCAACAACAUUCAACCUCAAGAACUAUAUCCAAAGAGCAGACGAAAUAUGCUGCAUGUAACCUUUCUGCAUCAGAAAAAACAUAAGUGUUUUGUAAAUGCACAGAAGUCUCCGUGCUGUAAUGUACCUUCUGUGUUCAAGCAGAAAAAAAAUAAUGAAACAGAGUGUACAGACGAUCCAAAAGAUGACCAGUGCAUAAAUGAAGAUCAAAACUGUAUCUCUUCAAAGUUGCACUAUCAAGUUGAAAAUUGCCACGUUAGAAAACGGAAAGUGGCUAACACGGAGGUUGGCAAUGCUGCAAUUUGCCAAUUUGGCUUGAAAGAGCGAAUAAUCAAAUGUGCAAGAUCGUUAUCAAAUUGCACUGAUUUUGGCAAAGCUCCAGGAACAGUAAGUUUGAACGUAAGGUGUAGCAGUGAGCGAAAUAGGAAUGAUGAAAAGUGUUUGGUAGGGCGAGACUGUGAGGGUGAUGGCUCUCCUUCAACGACCAAGCCUGGGCCGCGAGUGGGUGACAGGGAUGAUAGCGGCGGGGGUAGGUCGGGGCCGCGUGCCGCGGGAACCAAGGACGUGCGAGUGGUGGUGGAGAGGUGUGACGGCAAACUGAGGAAGCUCGCAGCUUGCAGUUCACCAGCCAUCGAGAGCAAGGACAACACACGAAGGAAUGACGAUCACUUUGCAAAGUAUGAUCACAAUAUCGCAUCAAAGUUACCAAAUUACUGCGUAAUGCUAACUCGUUUACACCCUUCAGCAUACAGAAACACAAAAAUGUUUUCGGGUAGCGAAAGUUCUGAAACAUUAGUGGAUAGGCCAGCUACCUUGCUUACGGAUAGUAGUUCUCUCGGUCAUGAGAUGACACAACCUGUGAUAGCUAAACCAACUUUGUCAGUUACUGUCUCUAGUGCUGGCAGCUCUCAGCGUACAUGUACAAAGAAUACAAAUAGCUCUAAAAGAGUGUGCAGUGAAGUUAAGAGAAAAAUAACGACACUUGCAGAAGAAGAACUAAGUCAAGAUUUUGAGAUGAAUUUAAUGUUUAGAUAGUGAUAUAAUACUGUAGUAGUAUGUAACUAGCAAAUAUUUUUUGAAUGAUUUUUAUACUUGUUGUUUGCCCAAUAUAUCCCUGAUUAAUUUCACAUUCAGCCCCAUACAGGUGAAAUUUAUGUAUAAUAACAUGUACAACUCAUAUAUAGCCUACCAAUUGUAAUUUUGUGGAGGGAAAACCAUCUAAUAUUAUAUAGUUCAUACUUUCAGCAAUGCAUAUUGUAACCAAUUUGAUAUACUAUCUUAAAAUUUUUCAGUAACCCAAAAAUUUAAAGGAAAAUGAAUGAUUAAGUACAACAAAUAAGAGAGGCUUUUAAAAUAAUCGGUGUUGGAAAAAGUACUGAAAAUUAUUGUAAUUGAACUUAGAAAAAAUUCAACUGAUUACAAGUAGAGAUGUCAAAAAAUAGACUUUUCAUCAAUUCCGAUUUGAUAUUGAUCCUUCAUCAAUUUCCAGCUCCUUUCCGAUACUGGAUCUUUGGUUUGCAAAAUUGAUUAGUUACACAAUGUUUUGUGUUUCAUAGCUGAGGAAGUCGCGUUAUUAUCUAAUUUGGCUUUAAAAUAAAGUAAAUAAUAAAAAGACCAUGGUAAAUUAAAUAGUAUAUAGCUACUAAAAACAAAAUUUUCCUAAAUUGAAAAAUAAUUAUAGGAAUUUCCAUAAUUAUUGGAAUUUCGAAUUCCAGAUUAUUUCAAAGUUUUCCAUAGUUAUCACAUUGAAUAUUCAGACAUAAUAAUAAUAAUAAUAAAACUUAAUUCUUAAACUUUUACUUUGAUUAAUUUCAAUAUUGUAUAUUUAUAGUCAAACUGUAAUAAUCUUGAAAAUAAUUUGGUAGGAUUGAUAAAGUACCUUAAACAUGAAAUUAUCAAUAAAAAGAAUAAUUUUAACAAAAAUCAAACAUAUUUCAAGCUUUUAACAAAGCAUAUAAUUUGAAUUAAAAUUUCCGCUGACUCAAGUGCAUGUGUGUCACAUUUCCUCUGUCUUCUAAUCCUGUUGUCACUGGUUCAAAUACCACCAUGAAAAAAAGUUUUUAUUUCCCUUCUUUUUAUCAAAUUAAAAUAUAAGCAUUCUGAUGAGUGGCAGGGAGGAAUGUUUUCUAAUAUCUGAUAAUAGAGUGCACCCUUGUCUGUAAAAGGUGCAACUAACUUUGGGUUGGCCACAUACUUUAGCAAUUAUAGGGUAUAUAGAAGAAAAAUGGUCCUGCUUUAAUCAAGAAUGUAGCUGUUAUGUGGAUGGCUAUUUUUGGUUUUCCUCUAAUUUUUUACGUGUUUGAUCACAUAUCAGAGUAUGUCUGUAGUUUUAAAAUUGUGUUGCAUUUGCUAUUAUUUAUCGUGGGUAAAAACUGAUGAAAGAAAAAGAUACAAAAAAGGACAUCCUGUGGUAAGCCCAUCCAAUGCUAAGGUUGAGAUAGAAACAACAGGGGUCAUUAGUAGCAUGAAUGAAGAAGUGGUAGUAUACGAAAGCUGUCAAAAGUGCCAUAGAUGAAUAUAAAACAGGGAUCAAGGCCCCCCCCCCCCCCCAACCCCUUGAUUCUUGAUUCAGUCAACAUUUAAAGAAUCUCAAAAAUUGACUUUGAUGGCACUAAUUACACGUACUAAUUAUUUAUUUUUGAAUUUAGUUAAUUACAAAUAAAAAUUUCCCUGGAAUUCUGAAUACAUUAUAAAUAUGCUACUUCAUAAAGGCUGUAACUAAAAAACAUGUAAAAACUGGCAGAAAUUUCAAUAACAUAGAUUUAGGGACUGCUUCUGUUUAUUGCUAGAGCUGUUACUGUGUACAAUUAAAUACUCUGUAAUCCUGUUUUGUGGAAUGUUAUGUGGCAAGCUACAAAACUAAACCAUACCAGAACAUGCCUGGGAAAAUGCAUACACCAAUCCCUUACUUAGCAUGACUAAUGCGUUCCUAAUAAUGUUAGGGUUAUCCAAAAUCGCGUUUUCUGAAGCAUUGGUCUCCAUAAAUAGCAAAGCUAAAUUAUUAAUGUGUUCCAAAAUGUGUACGGAAAUCUUCUUUAGGCCUGCAUAUUAUAAAUGCGUAUAAUAGCACUCGACAAUAAAUCUGUUACACCAUCAUUUAUCUUUAUAAUCCCUACCAUUGGAUACUUUGUAUGACAAAUACGACACAGCGUAACAGGAGAUAGUUAUGUCAGUCGGCUGGUUGACUUGCCCGCCUGGGCAUAACCUUAAACUCACGGUCGCGUACCUUUCUGCGAAUUUACCAAACCAUUCUUUACUAGCAGUGAAACCGAUACUUCUGUCCAGAUAUUUACAUUUUAAUUUUUCAAAAAUUAAGUGCUUAUUCGUGUAUCACCACUUGGUUCACAUCAAUCCUGCCAGGCUCGUGAUUUUUUUUUUUUCAUUGCACCAUUCAUUUAACAACCUUUUCCAUGUGGAUCAUCUGUUUGUUUCGGUUCCAGUAUCUAAUGUCAUAUAUAUUCCCGCUAGUACACCAUCAUCAGACUUAUAUAAAUGUUUGAUAAGAGUCCUUAUUUCUUGUGUGCACAGUUGACUUGUUAAAAUUAAAAUGUGACUUACAUAAGUGUGUCCUUUAUGACAUUCUGCUCGCCAUAAUACUUCUAUGUUUGUCUGAAAUACUUGAACACGAUGCAUUAUGCUCUCACUUGGAAGCCAUGAUUCCACUAUGAUUCCAACUGCAGGUGCUUGCACACGUACAGUUACCGGCAGACGAAUGGGCAGACGUUGAUUGUGUUUGUUCAAGUUCCCUGCCACUGGCUAGACUGAAGUUCAUCACGGCCCGGUCUGUGGCCAUGCGACAACCGUACGGCACGGCGGCAUAUGCACAGACGUAAAAACAUUGGUCCUUUACACUCCAUGGCCACAAAUUAUCUUGUCAUAGCUGAUGUUUGUACAACAGCCAAUAAUGUAAUGAGACCUGUGCACGCAUCUCUUACCCUUUCGUAUGGCCAACUGUAUGCAACGAUACAUCUGUUGUUUACCGAGUUGAAACAGAUUUCGUGGUGUCAUGCCCGACUUUUUUUUUGCCUGUGUAGAUUUAGUGCUAACUGAAAUUUACAUAUGUGCUAUUCAAGACUGGGGCAGUAAAAUCAACAUCGCGCUAAAUGAAUUUGUACAAUCUGAAGACUUGCAAAGUGAGGGAUUUGUGUACUAACACAGUAAACAUGCAUAUUGCUUAGCAGCCUUUUCCACGCUCUAGUGAACUACAUUGAGUUACUGUGCAACAUCACAGUACAUAUGCACCCCAAACUACAGCCAACACUCGCAUGCACUCCUACUACAUUUGUAUGGCAUUCCACAUAACAUGGAUCCAGUGCAUCUCAUUGUACACAGUUAGAAUGGUGACCAAUAAAAGAAAUCAUUUCUGGCCCAAUGUUCAUUGACUUUUCUGCCUUAUCUACAUGUCUUUCAUAUGUACCUGAAGGUUUGAAUUGUAUGUUAAAGACACUAUGUUGUGUAUAAAUAUAUGAUUAAUUGAAAAUAAGAAAUAUAGUUUUGUUUUUAAUAAAAUUACAAAAAAUUUGUUUCUGCCAAUAUCAGGUAUUUUAUUGACAUGAUGUAUCAGUCUCUUCAUAAAACUUGAAAUAUCCACUCAAAUAUGAAGCAAAAAAAAAAUAUUUUUUUUAGUCAUUUUAACAGUUGGCUACAGUUUGGCAGAACAGAAUAUUUCACAUUAGUGCAGAAUAUUAUAAUAUGAAUAAUAAUUAAAAUGUAUCAAAAAUGGGAAUGUAAUGAUUAACUUUCAUUUAAUUGUAAAGUAAUCAUUACAGGUAAUUGGAUUACUUGUAAUCAGUUGCUUCUCAACACUGAAAAUAAUACACACUCAUAACGUUGUUAACCAAUUGUCUUCUGACAAAAAUUUGUAAUUUUAUUGUAAUGUGUAUAAUAAUUUUUUGUAAGAUUGGCUAUUUAUUCACACCCACAAUUUUUUUUCUUUCAAAUGUUAAUAAUAUAAUAAGAGCACCUUGUUGAAGCUGUUUUGUGACUGGUAUACAAAACAGACACAGUGAAUGCAUAAUUAAUACAGUAGCUGUGUAGUUGUGUCUUGUUAUGUUUGAUAAUUUUCGUGCCAUUAAUAAGCAUUUCAAGAAGGGAGGUUAAUUAUCAGGGAAAAGAUAAUUUUAAUUACUGUCUAAUGAAUCGUCAACCAAAAUUUUUGUAACGCUUGUGGAUGAUUGUGUUAGAGUGCUCCGCACGCCAGUUCACGACUGGAUUAUUUACGCUUGUGUGUGUGUGCUGAUAUAAUAUUACAGCAGUUUUACCUAUGUGCGGCGGUAGGUGAACUGGAAUCUGAUGUUUAAGUUUUAAAGUUUUGUGUUGUUUGUAUAGAUUUGUUUUUAAGGUGCCAUACUUUAUUAAGAAAAAAGGGUAUUUAUUUUUCUUUAUAUAUAUAUAUUUUUAUCCUAUUAAAGAAACAAUAAAUUGAAACCUAAAAUGGUUAUGUUAGUUGUGAUAUCAUUAACCACAAAAAUAAUUAGAUCAAUGAUAUAAAAGGGAAUAUUUAGUUAUUUCUUCUUUGUAUCGUCAUCCUCGUCAAUCAUCAUCCAUAAUAAUAAUAAUAAUAAUAAUAAUAAUAAUAGUAGUAGUGAAGUAAUGGUUUCAGUAUUGCCACUUGAUAAAAAAUUUAGGGAAAUUAAAUAUGUUGUGUUUGUAAAAGCCAGUUAUAUUAAGAGAGGUGUCAUGUCAAUAGAGCUGUUUGCAAAGAAUUACGGCUUUGUUCGUAUUGGCUCUUAUCUUUUGCAAUAUCUGCACCCAAAGAUGUAUUGGUGUAGAAAGAAAAUAAGUAGAGGAUGUAGAAAGUAACUUUUAAACUGUCAGUUAAUGUUAUGUGAUAAAUGACAAAUAUUAGAUAUGAAAUAUGUUCAAUCUUUAUUUUAAAAUUUGUUAUGCUUAGAAAUAUAACUGAAAAUGGCUUGACUAGGUAAAUAAUUUUUUCUUCACUUUCUUUUUUGAUCUGACAUUUUUUAUAAGCUACAUCCCAUUACCCCCUGAUUAUAACUAUAAUUUAUUAUUUGUUACCCACAUUAUUUUGUUAUGUGUAACCUAAGUCAAUAUUAUUCAUUACGAAACCCUGUAUUCAAAUUUACAAUUACCAUUCACUCACCUGCUACGCACCUUACACUCCAUCUCCCGAGAAGGUUUACAAGGUUUAGCAUCCAGGUGCAGAGGUUGUAAUAUCAUUUAUCAGUAGAACAAGUAGGUUUCAGUAGCUUGAGUGCUACUCCGGCAACAAGAACGCCUAGUUACCAUUUGGUUGCAGGAUUCGUAGAAGGUACAGCCCAUGCAGACAACACGUGACUAGUGAAAUGAACUGACCACGCUGUUUCGUUGGUUCUGUUGUUCUGUCGGUGGACCCUCAAAAUAUAAUCAUCUCAUUCUGACCCUUGGAAAUCCUAGUAUAUUUUCUGGGAAUGUUUAUCAUUACUUGAACAAAAGAAUUUUGAUAAAUGUGUAUUAAUAAUCCUUACCACUGAAGUGUAUUUUUAAAUAAUAUUAUGUAAAAAUCUCUAAUUUAAUACCAAAUCAACAAAGGUAUUAAAUUAAAUUAAAUUUAGAUUUUUUUAAAAUCUGAUAUUUACUAAAUGUGAGGUUCUUGACUAUAAAAAUAAGGAAAAAAAUAUAUUUUAUGUAAUUUACUAUCUCAGAGGUAAUUUGUUGUGCAACAUAAAGAAACCAAAAAAUAUGAAUUUUUUACUAAUAGGUGUGUAUAGAUGUGUGGUUUAUUAGAAAGUUUUAAGGUUCUGUUUCACCUGCCCUGUGGAGUUACUCCAUUUUCAUAUUGCUUCUUUUUUGGUAAUUUUUUCAAAUGUUUCACUAUAAGCACUGCACACUGGUUUGUUGCAGAUUCAUCGUGAAAUAUGUCCUGCAUGUUAUUAUUAGUAAAACAUUUUGUUUUAGUAACUGUGUUGUGGUAACUUAAUAUAAGUUUAUACCCUCCGAUUCCAUGGAUGGAUAUAAACUUCUGCAGUCCCAUUUAUAAAAAUAUUUUUUAUAAUAAAUUUUGAUUUAAGAAAAACAAAUCAGGGGUGGUGCUUGAGACUUAGCCUGUUGUGUCUAAAGCUGUAGCAACUCUAAGGCAAGGCUUCAAACUACUGUUCAGAAUUUUUGCAGUAGAUAUUGCAUGUCUUGUAAUACUUUAUUAACUACCUUUAAGCACACAAAAAAAAUUAAUUUUCAUCACUAGAAGGAAAAUAUUUUUACUUUAUUGUGUUAAAAAUUUCAACUAAGCCAUGGUAUCACUUUGUACGGUUGCAUUUGGAUAACCACCAUGAUAGGGAACUUCCUAAGAAACAAACAUUUCGUAAUUUUAUCUCAUUUCACCAUACUUGCUUAUAAAAAUUUUUUCAGUGAGUUAUGACAAGUAAUGUAAAAAUUUCAUUGAAAUUAUUUUCUUGUUAAAAAAAAAGAUAGCAUUAUAGUAUUUGUUUUUCUUAAUUGAUUGCCAGGCCACAUUGUAUGAAACACUUUAAAUGGUACACCAAUCUCUCACUUAGCAUGUCUAAUGUGUCCUAAAUAUGUUAGUGUUAUUCUAAGUCGCGUAUUCUGAAGCAUUAGUCUCCAUAAAUAUCAAGGCUAAUUUAUGUAAUGUGUUUCAAAAUGUGUAGGGAAAUAGUCUUUAUGUAAUAUAAACGCGUAGAAUAACACUCAAAGAUAUAAAUAUUACACACCAUAUAUCUUCAUAAGCCUACCAUUAAAUACUGCGUAUGACAAAUACAACAGCAUGUAACGAGAUAUAGGUGGUUAUAUACUUAUCAUCAAUAGGCUGGUUGGCUUGCCCGCUAGGGCGUGACCUUCAGCUCUGGUAGCCUACCUUUUCACGAACUUUCCAAACGAUCCUUUACUGGCUGUGAAACCAAUAUUACGUACUGUCCGGGUAUUUACAUUUUAAUUUUUAAAAAAUUACAGUUUUUGUUUGCGUAUCAUUGCUUGGUUCAUACCAAUUCUGUCAAACCUGUGAUUAUUUUUUUAUUGCACCAUUCAUAUAACAAUCUUUUCCAUGUGAAUCAUCUAUGCAUUUCUAUUCUGGUGUCUAAAGUCAAAUAUAUUUCCAUUAGUACGACCAACAGCAACAAACUUAUAUAAAUAUUUGAUAGAGUCCUUAUUUUGUAUGAUCGUGCGCACAGUUUACUUGCUUAAAACUAAAAUGCGACCAACAGAAGUGUGGCCUUCAUGCAGGGGCGUAGCCAGGGGUGGGGAAGGGGGGGGGGGGGGUUAGGGGUUCUAACCCCACCCCCAAAUAAUUUUUCUUAACUGAAAGCAGUUUAGCUAAAAGCCUGGGUGUCUUACUGCUAUCACCGGCCACUGCACUGGAGGGGAAGAGUAAGCGAGCCCUACCGAUUCUCCUUCCCUUCCCCUACCCCUGUCGCGAGCAGAAGCUAUAAGGUUGUGACGCAGUGACGGGUCCCAAGCUUUCAAAUAUCUUAACCUAUUGUAUUUAACCAGCGCGGUAAUUAUAAGCAGGUGUUGACUGGGCUUCCAAAAGUGUAAGGAUCGCUGUGUGUAUAGAAUUGAGACAACGACAUUGUGUCAUGUAACUCUUCAAGCUAAAGCUAAUUGUUUCCAGGAAUAGAUCAGUUCUGCCGAAACCCAACCCUUUUUAUUCCUUUUUUUUUUUUUUUUUUUUGUAUUGUUGAGCUUCGAGCAGGAUUUAUGAUUUUGAGUGGACGUAAACAAGGCACUUGGAUUGAUAAAAAAAGCUUUAAUUAAUUUCUUACUUACAAUUUUUUUAUUAAAAAGUUAAUAAUAUUUGUACUAUUACAAUAUUUAAAGUUAAGUACCGAAAACUGCUAAAAUAUCACUAUUUUACACCUUAAAAUCCAAACCCCCCCGCUUUAUUAGGGAGGGGGACGGGACCAUUCUUCUUAACCCCCCCCCCCCCCCUCCCCACACACACAAAUCCUGGCUAUGCCACUGCCUUCAUGACAUUCUGCAUGCCGUAAUUUUUCUAUACUUACACACAAUGCAUUACACUCAUACUUGGAAGCCAUGAUUCCACUGUGGUUCCAACAGCAGGUGCUUGUGCAUGUACAGUUGUGUUUGUGCGUGCAAGUGCAGUGCCAGUGGCUAGACUGAAGUUAAUCACGGCUUGGUCUGUAGCCGGGCGACAAGGUACGGCCCAGCGGCAUACGCGCGGACGUAGAAUCAUUUACACUCCAUAGCUGCAACUGAACUCGCCAUAGCUGAUGUUUGUUUAAUAGCCGAUAGCAUAGUCAGACCUGUGCGCGCAUCUCUUCCCCCCUGGUUAGGCCAACUGUAUGCCACAGCACAUCUGUUGUUUACAGAAGUUGAAACAGACUUUGUGGCGUCAUGCCCGGCCCUUUUUUUUUUGCCUGUGGGAAUUUCAUGCUAACUGAAAUUUACAGAUGUGUUAUUCGAAACUGGGGCAGUAAAAUUAAAAUUGCACUGAAUGAAUUCACUGUAUUUGAUUACAUGCUAAGUUAGGGAUUGGUUUAAUUAAGGCUUGGUAUUUUAAAUAAUGGAAAUAAUGUGUGCUUAAAAGAUUAACUGUUUGUCGAAUAAUUUCAGGUAUUGAGAACAUUUCUCUUUAAUAAUGACUGUGACCAUAAAAAGAGUACCCACUUCAAGACAGUAUUUGGUACCUUGUCAGUCAAUUAUUGUUAAAAUUUGUGAUACAUAAGGGUGUACAUUUGAACAAAUAUCAUGAAAAGACCUGUGUAUGAAAUAUAUUAAAUAAAAAGUUUUUUAAUUAA